AUGGCAAAUGGAUUCUCUCCCAAUUACCAAAAUAACAUAUCUCUAAUGGGCAUCAAAACUUACAAACAACGGGUAGGUCUUCUCUACUUACAAAUUUUUGUUGUGUCAUGAUGAGUUAAAAUAAUUUUUCCUCCUUGUUUCAGGAAUUGCUGCCCAACCCCGCGCUGAAGAUGAACUUCAACAAAUGGAAUAUAUUCUGGAGUAUAUGUUUUGUAUCCACAGCAGUCAUAAUAAUCAUUGGUAACUGUCUCUCCAUUUCAGUUCUAUUGAGACGAAGACUUCGUAAGCGACCUCAUUAUCUACUUGCAGAAUUGGCCAUUGCUGAUUUGUUGGUUGGAAUAUUUGCAGUACCUAUACUUAUGAUAACAUCUGUCUCGAAGGAAAGAGUUUUGUCACGUUUCAUCUCUGAUUGCGUAGACAUGUUCACAGGUUUUUGGUCAGUAUUCACCUUGGCCGUAAUCUCUGUUGAAAGGCUUUAUGCUAUAGCACGACCUCUCCACCAUCGACAGCUCUCCUUUAAAAGCUACAUCAUCGCUAUGGUAAUGCCAUGCGUCUUCUCUGUUAUCGUGACAUCAACGAGAGUGUUACUUUAUUUUAGAAUCAUGACAAAACAUCAUUUUGUAGCUGUUAUGAUCAUUAGCUUAUCGACUCCGUUGUUGAUGUCUUUUAUCUCCUACGGCAUCAUCGGGAAUUUGCAGGCUUCCAGACCACAAAGUGACCACAGAGCUAGAAGUAACACUAAGUUAGCUUAUGUACUGCUUUUGAUAACAGGGAUGUUUGUUGUAACGUGGCUACCGUUCCAAAUUUUGGUUAUAGUGUUAAACGUCUGCAUACCCUGUAGGCGUAUCCCUUUAGCGGUUGUAUACGUAAUCAAGCUUCUCCAGUUUAGUAAUUCUUUCAUCAAUUUUAUCAUCUAUUGUUUAAGGAUGCCAACUUAUAGGAACAUAGUUCAUGAAGCUAUUUUGAGAUUGAAAUGUAGCCUUAGAAGGCAACGGCAACUUCACCCUACCACAUUCAAGCAAUCAAAUAUCUCACUUAUUUCCUUCAACAGCACACUCACUUUACAAAACAUAAAACGUUUAUAA